AAGACCCUGUCUGGGUGAUGAAGGAGGUAGGGAAGUGACAAGUCCAGAUUGUGUGACAACACUGCUCCCCCACACAGUGCAGGUUCCACGAUCCCCUUAGACCUCACAUACAAACCCAAUUCAAAACCAACAUUGGUGAGAAAUUCAAGAUGCCAAACUCAGCACCUUAAACCCAAAGGGUGAGGCCUUCUGAGUGCUGAGACCUCUGCUGUGGCCCCACUUCUUCCUGUGGAGCUGAGAGCCCGAGGUGAGGGCCUCAGAGGUGGCCCCAAGACAGGCAGAGCAGCUCAGUGUCCUUAGGGAGCCUGCAAGGGUCCCUGGGUUUGGGGUCACUUGAGGGCGAGGCCCCUGGGAACACUUUGUCUCCAGUCUUCAUGGAGUAGAUGUUUGCUGGAGGAUGAAUCAAUGAAUAAAUGAAUGAAUGGGCACUGGCCUCUGUCACCUCUUGUGAGCCGUGACUCCCUUCUGUGCCCCAAAAGUCCCUGCUCAGCCUUGGAUGCCAAGGCUGACUCAGAGCGGCCACCCUGGUUUGGGGCAUGUCCCCAUAGCCCCUGCCCUGCUGCUUCCCCCUCAGAAGGGAGAAGUCAGGAGAGGGGUCCUUGCAGAACAUGGGCGCUCCCUGAGGUUCCUCUUCUGUGAGCGGGCACUGUCCCUCCCCCAGGCCUGCUGUAAGAGCUUCCUCCCCAGAUGGGGCUGCCCAGGAGCCAGACAGUCCCAGGGCAGUCACAGCCACUGGGAAUUGAGGAUGCUGCUUCUGUUCCUGCUGCUGUCCAUGCUGGGGGCAGGGUCCCUGAAGGAGGAUCCUGAUUACCACAUUCAAGUUCAGAAGUCGGUGAGCGUGCAGGAGGGCGUGUGUGUCUUUAUCCCCUGCACCUUCUCCUACCCCCAGAAUGGCUGGACGGAGUCUACCCCAGCUUAUGGCUACUGGUUUGAAGAAAGGUCCCACUCUACCACUGGUGCUCCAGUGGCCACAAACAACCUAAAUCGAAAGGUGCAAGGGAGGGUGCAUGGCCGAUUUGAGUUCCGUGGGAGGCCCCAGAACAAGGACUGCUCCCUGGUGAUCAGAGAGGCCAAGAAGUUGGACACAGGAUAUUACUACUUUCGGGUGGAGAGAGGGAGCCACGUAAAUCAUAAUUUCAGGAGAGCAUUCUUUCUAGUAGUGACAGGGCCUGCCAUCUCCUCCCAAGGAACCAGGCCCCAACCUUCCCAUGUCUCCAUGCUCAACCUCAUGCUAAGACUCCAGGACCAUGACACCGACCUCACCUGCCAAGUGUCCUUCUCCACAGGGGGGCUGAGCACACAGACCAUUGGACUCAGUGUGCUGCCCAGGUUGAAAGCUGGGGAUUCUGGGCGAUACACCUGCCUGGCAGAGAAUAACCUGGGCUCCCAGCAACGCAGCCUAGAGCUCUCUGUGCAGUAUCCUCCGGAGAACCUGACGGUGAUAGUUUUCCAAGCAAACAGGACAGUCCUGGAAAUCCUCAGGAAUGACACAUCCCUCCCAGUCCUGGAGGGCCAGAGCCUGCGCCUGGUCUGUGUCACCCUCAGCAACCCCCCAGCCAGGCUGAACUGGGCCUGGAAGAGCCGGAUCCUGAGCCUGUCCCAGUUCUCAGACCCAGGGGUCCUAGAGUUGCCUCGGGUACAAAUGGAGCAUGAAGGAGAAUUCACCUGCCACGCUCAGCACCCCCUGGGCUCCCAGCACUUCUCUCUGAGCCUCUCUGUACACAGCAAAUCAGCCUCAUCCCACUUUUUCAUGGGGAAAUUGAAGCCCGGAGCUGAGGUAGCUCUGGUGGCCAUGGGGGAAUCUGCUGUGAAGAUCCUGCUUCUCUGCCUCUGUCUCAUCCUCCUCAGCCCUGGUCUGUUCCCUCAGAGUGAGGUCCCACAGGAGGCAGGUGGCUCAGGCAGCACUGGGUGUGGAGGAUGCAGACACUGUCAUACCCUAAUCCCUCAGAUGCUUCCUCCUCUGGUUCCUACAUGGUGUGAAUGGCCACAUUUCCCUCCAUUGUUGGGGAAGGAGGUGCCAACCCCACAGGCUGGACAGGAGGCUUGGCAGGGUCUCUCCCCUGGUGGACUCUGCUUGUGGGUUAUACAGAAAUGACACAAACAAACA